GCCCACUACGGAGAGUGAAGAGGCCCAGCUGCCCGGCCCGUUCACUGGCUUUUUCCACCAGACUUUACCCUUAGCCAUGAGCAGCUAACGUUAAAAGGUGAGGGGUGAGGGGCAGUAAGGUGGCCAGCGACCGGCGACGACAGGAUGAGGUCUUAAGAGACAAUCUGCGGAGGAAGCAGCAGCACUGCAUUUGGCCGCGACCCUGGAAGGAUGGCUGUUUUUGUUCUAAAGAGAUUAACACUGCAAACCAUAAAGACUGAAAAUACUUGCAUUAGAAGAUAUUUUGGUAAACACACGGUGCGAAAGACAACCCCAGCACCAUUGUCUCUGACUGCUUCUGCCCCAAGGCUGACCUCCCUAAUUCCUGCAAAGUGUUUUUGUACUGUUGAAGACACCCAGGAUGACAAGAAAAAGAAAACAAAUGAUGGGACUUUGACUAAUACUGGAAGGAAAAUUCAUGCACGAAUUAUUCGAGUCCUUGAUGAGAAGGGCAGUGAUUUGGGAAACAUGCACCGUGCAGAUGUGAUCCGACUCAUGGACGAGCGAGACCUGAGACUGGUGCUGAGGAGCAGCGACACAGAGCCCCCCGAGUACCAGCUCAUGACAGGCAUACAGAUCCACCAGGAGCGCCUAAGACGCCGGGAGCAGGAGAAGGCCAAACCCAAAGCUGGACCAACUGUGAAAAAGGAACUGACUUUUUCUGCAAGUAUUGGACAACAUGACUUGGACACAAAGUGUAAACAGAUUCAACAGUGGAUUGAGAAGAAAUAUCAGGUUCAAAUCACCAUAAAGAAAAGGAAACAUGCAGAUGAACCAGAAAAUAAAGCAGAGGAAAUAUUUGAUCAGAUACUUCAGACCAUGCCUGGAGUAGCUACCUUUUUGUCCAGACCACAAGCUGUUAAAGGAGGAACAGCUUUAAUGUGCAUUCUUCGUCAUCUGAGCAAGAAAGAAGAGAAGACAUAUGUGGACUCUCAAACCGAAAAAAGAGAUACUUUGAACAAAGAAAAUGGAAAUGGCAGGGAAUCAGAUGUGGCACACCCAUGAUUUUAAUAAAGAAAAAUAGGCUU